AUGGUCUCUACACCGACUAACGUUCGCAAUUAUUUUAAAUUGGAUCUUGUGCUGGCUCGUUCAUGCAUCAUUCUUCGUCAAGUAUUUAAAAGCCGCUAUUAUCUAUUUACUGGUGGUCAAGUAUGGAGCGAUUCAGCGAAAUGUGGAGGCAGUUAUUUCGUUAAUAUCAUUGGAAAAAAUAAAAAGUUUAAUUUAACAACAGUCCAGAAAACAUUAGUUUGUAAUGGAGAUACAAAUGAAUGGGAUUUAACAACACUAAUGACUCUAUUGAUGAAUACCGAUCGUCCGAAAACUCUUGAUACAGCUCAAAUACAACAGCUUGACAAUGAAGAUCAACUAUGGUUUCAAUUAAGAGAGAUUCGUAAUACAUUAGCGCAUCAUCCUUCAAAGAAUAUUGACAACAACGAGUUUUAUCAAUUCUGGUCGAAAUUAGUAGCAAUUCUUGUCGCAUUCGGUGAUGCUCCUGAAGAACUAGAUAAACUCAAAAGUGAUAGUAUAUUUGAGCAGUGUACACAAUCGAUUAAGGAAUCAAACGUUCGCGAAAUAUUGCGUUUAAACUCUUUAGGAACACAAGCUCAUAGAGAGCAAAAAUUUUCUGAUGCUAUAACGUUAUUUACGAAAUCAGCCACUAUAACAGAUGUUUCAAAUCAUGAUCGCGCCAUCGUCUAUUCUAAUUUGUCAGCUAGUCGUCUAGCAUUGUAUGAACAGCAAUUUGAUUCAUCAAAUGUAUUUAAUAAUGAAGAUCCAACAGAUCAACGAUAUCAUGCACUACGUGAUGCUAAACAAGCUCGAAUGCUUUCACCAACAUCAUGGCAAGGACAUUUUCGUGUAGGUAAAGCUUAUUCAGCUUUAAGUGAACACGAAAGAGCUAUUAAUUCAUUUGAGCGAGCAUUAGCUCUUGAUCCCAAUAACAAAAAAAUACAGGAAGCACUCGAUGAUAGUCGACAGGUCCAAUGCCGACAAUCACGAAAUGAACAUCUUGAUCCGAAAUGUCAACCAAUUACGAUACCGGAACAUUUAAAUGAAAUGAAACAAAAAUUUGGUACUGAUCCACAGCAAAUCCGUGCGGUUCACAAAUUACUUGAAAAAGUGGAUUCAUCCAUGGCUAAUGUCAUCAAAGGACAUAAGUACGAACAUGGUGACAUUGAUAUUAAGCAAGACUAUGAACAAGCUGCUAAAUAUUUUGCUAAAGCAGCUAAUCAAGGAAAUGCCGAAGGUUUAUUCAAUUUAGCUCGAUUGACAGAUCGUGGUUUGGGCGUUAAAAAAGAUCCUCAUUUUGCCACUAAACUACUCGAACAAGCAGCUGCACAGUCACCACAACAUCCCAAAUGUAAUCUUCCGAAUAUUGGCAUAGCCGAAUCCGAACAUUCUUUAGGACUUCGUUAUGCAGAAGGCGUCUUUGUUCCAAAGAACUUUUCGCUAGCUGCACAAUGGUAUCAACGUGCUGUUGAUCAUGGCAAUGCUGAGUCGGCGAAUAACUUAGCUAUAAUGUAUCUAAAUGGUUCUGGUGUUGAAAAGAAUCUUCAAAAAGCCAAAGAAUUAUUUGAGUUGUCAGCUAGACGAGGCGAUCCAAAAGCUAUGAUGAACUUAGCUGAGCAUUUAUUGGAAGUAAAUGAUCUUGAAAUGGCAAAAAUUUGGUUUAAUCGAGCAUGUGAAGCAGGUAAUCUUUAUGCUCAAACGCAGCGAAAUGAUUUUGAAUUAGUUCUAAAUCAAAAGCAACAACUAUUUGGAAACUAUCAGUUUCAUGCUUCAAACAAAAUGCAAGAAGUAAGAAGCUUUCCUGAUCGUACGACACCAAUUAAUCUUGCGAAUAAUCUAAACAAUGAUUCAAACGUUUAUGAUCUUAACACACUGAAUGAAUAUGCGCAGCGUGGUUCACUAACAGCUGAAAAAAUGUGCAAUGCUCUGCGACAUUUUCAUGUCGCAUUACACAUCCUUACGCAAUCCGAAUCAUUAACAAAGGAACAAGAAACUAUAUUCAUUCAUGAAUUCGCACGAUGUUGUCGCAUCGAACAUACUGUCGCUAAAAUACCGAAUACAAAAAUGGAAGAAAAUAUUAAAAAUAUCAUUGACCGAGUAUUUCAGCGUUGUUGUUGCGAUUCAGAUCCUAUGAAUUUGCAACUAGAUGAAGAUGUUCGAGUAUGUUAUGUCGUGUUACACAUUGACUCACCAAAAUUAAAUCGUCAAUUUCUUGAUUCAUGCAAAGAAAAAUAUCCGAAAUCAGUCUUUUUUCUUGAGUUUAGUGCUGCCAUGAACGUUAGGCUCGGACAAUUUGAAGCUACUUUAAAGGAUAUCUAUGUUGGCCUGGAAAUAGAUUCAAAUUAUUAUGAACUUUUAUUCAUAAAAGCUAUUUUAUUCAUCGCGACAGGGAAAUAA